CAAUUCCAAUAUGGUGGUCAGCUUGGCAGACUUACGUUUCUUGUUGACGAUAUUGUUCUUCUGCGGGUUCGGUAUCGGCGCCUGCAGCCAGGAAGCCCCGCAGGUUCUUGGGCUGCGUCUGGAGGAGUCCACGGCUCAGGUAUUUAUGCAUAAACGGGUCGUCGUAGCGCAGUACGGAGCCAAUUUCCAGCUGCGAUUGUUUGGUUCUCACCUGAAUAGGACUUGGCCGUGGGUUGCUUUCGCUAAGGCUGCGGAGGGGGAGGCAGGUGCUGUCGGGGAUGCAGCAGACCCGUGCGAGACGGAGUUUCGCCGGAAUUCUACAGCGUUCCUAGUCAAGGGAACGUUUAGCGCGGACGAGGAGAACAGCGGAUUGAUAACGGUCCAGGCGACCGAUGAUAGCGCUUUUGCUGCAUCCGGGGUAGAAGAUGAGACCAAUCCGGGAUACCAUCACGUCUGCAUCUUCCAAGGCGUCAAAUGGGCAUCUGUGGGUCCAGACAGAUUGCGUAUUGUGAAAGACCUUGGACAACCGAGCGAUUACAUUCCGGCAUGGGGCUUGGCGGUGGGUAUCGUGUUGAUAAUUUGCGGCUGUGCGGUAUUUAGAAUUCUAAAUCUGAGCCUGUUAUGGUUGGAUCCGCUGGAGUUGUACGUGCUACACAGCUGUGGGUCUGAGAAAGAGAAGCGGACUGCAAAGCGACUAGAGCCAGUGAGAAGACGGGGCAAUUUUUUGGCAUGUGCUCUGUUGUUUACCUGCGCUGUGGGGCAUUCCGCUCUCGGUGUUUUGUUCUACCGCGCUCUCGGAUCCGUUGUGGCCUCUGUGUUCGUGUGCGGCCUCUUAAUCUUUCUUUUGGCCGAACUGCUACCGCACGUAAUAUGCUCCGGUUACGGAUUUCAGAUCGCGCCGAACAUUACAUGGUUAGCUCAGAUCUGUAUGGUGCUGACCUGCCCGCUGUCCUGUCCGCUGGGGCUGCUUCUAGAUCUGGCGUUGCGCCGCGACAUCAACACCUGCAGUGUGCGCGAGAAGACUAUGGAAAUGAUCAGGACCAACGUCAACGACCCUUACAACGAAUUUGUCAAAGAGGAGUUCAGUCGCGGUGCCCUAAGGACCAAAACGGUGGAGGACAUCCUGACCCCACUGAAAGAUUGCUUUAUGCUUCCUUCCACCGCCGUGCUGGACUUCGGGACUAUGUCAGAGAUCAUGCAGAGUGGUUACACGCGAGUUCCCGUGUACGAGGAAGAGCGUUCAAACAUUGUGGAAAUCCUGUACGUUAAGGACCUGGCGCUGGUGGACCCAGAUGACUGUACACCGAUGACCACCAUAACCAAGUUCUACAACCACCCUUUGCACUUCGUCUUCAACGACACCAAACUGGAUGCCAUGCUUGAGGAGUUCAAGAAAGGUAAUUCUCACCUGGCCAUAGUGCAGAAGGUGAACAACGAGGGGGAGGGCGAUCCCUUCUAUGAGGUGCUGGGUCUGGUCACAUUAGAGGACGUCAUAGAGGAGAUCAUCAAGUCUGAGAUCCUGGAUGAGUCCGAUGGCUACAUGGAGACCAAGGUGAAGCGCCCUCUUGCCCCACUGGAGAUCCCACUGGAGCCCCGGACCGUCCACGAGGAGUUCUCCCUCUUCAAGCUGCCUGAGGGGGAGCCGAAAAUCCGCACCUCCCCCCAGCUGCUCCUCGCCACACAUCGCUUCCUGUCCCGAGAAGUGGAACACUUCAGUCCUCAGCGCAUGUCUGAGAAAGUGCUGUUCCACCUGCUGCGGCACCCCAGUGUCAACCAGGAGGUGAAAUUUGACCCAGGAAAUAGACAGAGCCCCGAGCACUACCUGUACACCCGCAACCACCCCGUGGACUACUUCAUCCUGCUGCUGCAGGGUCGUGUGGAAGUUGAAAUCGGCAAGGAGGGCCUCAAGUUUGAGAAUGGGGCCUUCACGUACUAUGGCGUUUCUGCCCUGACUGCUCCCUCAUCAGUGCACCAGUCCCCCGUGUCCACGCAGCGCCGGUCUCCGCGGGACCCCUUUGAGCUCGGGGAGGCAUCCAGUCCGUCCAGCUACUGCCCCGACUACACCGUCCGUGCACUCACCGACCUGCAGCUCAUCAGAGUGACGCGGCUGCAGUACCUCAAUGCCCUGAUGGCCUCCCGUGCAGCUCAGAGCCCUGACCCCCCCGACAUUAAAAUCCUGCCCAACAGCCAGACCAAGCUUCUGAACGAGAGGAACACCAACCCAGAAUUCCCUGUUCCCUUCUCCUUCUUUGAUAAGAUUGAGAACUACAGUUAGUGUGCUUUGCAUGAGGUGCGAGCAAGAGCAAGGAUCCUGUGGCCGGAGGUGAAACUCACGGAUAGAGGGGGGAUUGCAAUUUUAUUAUUAUUAUUGUUAUUAAUAAUUUAACUCAUUUUUUGUAACUUUUGUCAUCUUGUUUAUGUAUAACUCCAAUCGUGAAGAUGAUUUUCUUUUAAGAAUCAGAAUUUCCUUGUAAACAAAUUAUUUUCUGGAUCAUGGUAACUGAGCCAGGACUGAGACUGGAGCAGGCAGAGGCUUGAAUGCAUCGCUCUGCAGUGGGCGUGGCAACCCACUGUUUUGCAUAUCUAUGUAAACUUUCCACUUAUUUCUUCAUGUUUUCCCCACUGGCAAUAUACACAUAUAAUGUAUAUGAAUGAGAGAGUGUGUGUGUGUUAUGGUGUGUUUGCUUUCUUUGUGUGAUAAUUUAGGAGGCAUGAAAUAUGCUGUAUGCUUAUCCUUGUUUAUAAUAACCUGUUGUGUGCCUCUCACAUGGCAUGGAUUCAUUUCCCCCCCAAAAUGAGAUGAAAAAAUUAAGGAAAAAAAAAGAAAAAAAACGUAUGCCUAAAGCUGUCACCUGCCCCUUAACAGAGGACAUGAGGACCUCCACCACUUUUCCAUCUGCACAAAGUGUGUGUGUGUGUGUGUGUGUGUGUGUGUGUGUGUGUGUGUGUGUGUGUGCGUGUGCGUGUGCGUGUGCGUGUGCGUGUGCGCGUGCGCGUGCGCGUGCGCGUGCGCGUGUGCGUGUUUAUACUGGGUCUUUGUAGCACUGUGCUUGAACAUUCACAUUUUGUCCACCAAGCGGUGCCAAAGUCAUUCCUAAAAUAACGGUCCUCUGGGCCUUGUUUAUCCAAUGCGUGUGAGUGCAUGCGUGUGUGCCUGCCUGCCUGCCUGCCUGCCUGCCUGUCUGUCUGUCUGUCUGUCUGUCUGAAAUCAGUGUUUGAUUCAGGGAGAACUGCUCGCAGUGUUUAUGGACAUUUGGAUUGCCACUCAGCCAUGCCGCUCUGUGCCAGUGUGGAAAUGUAUGUGUACCCGUCCAUUCAAGGAGAUGUGCAAGAAGACAGGUCAACUGGCAGAUUUGCACAAAAAAGUUUAUCCUGUGCACUAUAAUUGGUUUAAUUCUAUUGUUUUGUUCUCAUUUUAUUGAUAAUACGGUACGUCCAGAUUGGCUCCCUCUGUUGCUGUUUGACUGGCCCCUUUGUCAGUUACACAGCAAUGUGUACACACACAUACACACACAAACAAGAGCACACUUUUUUACCACGCAAUAUAAACAGUAUUUGGUGCCAACAAGUAACGAUGCAAAAAUACUGUGAAUGGAAACGCAUCACCACCAUCAAAGUGGAAAAUCGUUUUAUUUUUUUCCAAAAGUUCUUUGCUUCUCAGCUAUUCUUUCUCUCUGUCUCUCUUUAUUCUGCAACUCUUUUUGUGCGACUAGUUCAGGUCAGUGGGUCUCCACUUCAGAAUAAUAAUAACAAAAGGAUGAAGAAGACUGCCAUUAAGUGAGAAGUUGUUGGAGUUCCUAGCUCCUUUUUUAUGUUAUACUCUUGUGAACCCAAUAGGUUUUUAAAAUAUUUUGUUAUUAACAUUCCUGGUUACAUUAUUGCAUUUUUGUGUACAAACCAUUGUGUGUGUGCGUGCGUGCGUGCGUGCGUGUGUGUGCGCACAUGUAAAUACAGAGGGAACAGAGUUUGUGAACAGUUCUCUCCAGUCAGUAUUGAGUCUUAGAGGAUGCCUACAGGAAAAUAUUUUACCAUUAAAAUGUGUAACUGCAUGUGCAGGUUAAGGACAUAUUCAGUAAAUUUGUAUUCAUUUGUUUUUUUAACUGGAGAGCCAGAGACCUGUUUGGACUCGUUUUCUGUUUAAAAUAGUUUGGUUCAGAUACCAUCUUAAAACGGGCCCUUUUUCAAGAUAUUUCGAUGUAUUGACAAAAAUGACAAGUACUAACAGGAAUGAUUAACAUUGCAAUUCCAAGUAAAUAUUUUUCAGCCAUUGAAAGAAAUUGCCCUGCUGUAAAAGUGCAUUUAUAUUGUAACAAAAGAAUGUACACUGUAAACAAAUAAUCCUUUAUUGUGCUACUAUUACUUAAUGGAAUAAAUGAUGGGGGGUUGAAGUGGAGGUGGUAGAGAUUACUGUAUAUUAAUAUAUAAAUAUACACACUGUAUUAUAGAGAAUAUAUAUUGAAGAUGCUAAUAGAUGGUAGAUAAUACUUGUUUUUCAGGUAAGAACAUAGUACUGUUACCAGGGAAAAAUGAAGUCUGGGUAUUAUUUUCUACCCAUUUCUUCCUUUGUUUUAGAAUAUACAUUUUUUGUUGUAGAUUUUUCUAGAAUGUUAGAAGUCCUGUGUGUAUAAAUCUUUGCAUCAAAUUACUUCAUGUUAAACAAUGGUAUUUCAUAGGGAAUAAACAAACUCAAGCAUA